UGCGACAAUUAUCACCAACGUUACGAUAUUCCUUUAUGGAACUGGCACGACAAAUGACUCCAGUAUCUCUCCCCUCAAUAAUACAAAGAAAGUGUAAUGAAUUUGUGUUGACCUUUAAUGAAAAUCCCGCAGUUGAAUUACCACGAAGAAUUAUGCAUAAUGGGGUCUGGAAAGAAUCAGAACAUCGACUUGCAGAAGUCACAAAUAGAAUUUUAGAUACUUU